GCCAUAUGUCAACAACUUAUCUAAAAACAGGUGUAAACAAAUAGUAAAUAUUAUUUUACAAUAUUUAGCUAACAAUUAAAAAUUACAAAAGCUAUAUAUUUUCAUUUCUAGAUAAUUAUUAUGAAAGUGUAAAAAUGGUUGUAGAAGGAGAAUAUUACGACGGCCCCUGUAAAUUAUUAGAGUUACCCCAUGAUGUAUUAAGAAUAUUAUUUUCUUAUUUAAAUGCAACUUCUCUUUAUCAUUUAAGCAGGACUUGUAAUUAUUUGGAGGAAUUUAUUUUGGAUCCUUUACUCUGGAGAUACGUAGAUGCAAGGGAUAACCCAAAUGUUUGUGAUAAAAUACAUUAUUGCACCAAUAGAGUACAUAAGAAAACUACACAUUUGUAUUUAAGGGGAAAUCUAUGCAUAAAAGACUUACCAGACCAUUUUUUCAUUAAUAUUAAACCUUUCGAUAACCUGAGAGUUUUAGCGCUGGAAAAUAUCAAGUUAAAUGGAUCUAAGAUUUCGCUAAAGGAUUUUCCUUCAGGAUUAGAGGAAUUAAGUCUGAGAAGAACGUAUGUGAAGAAUUCCACCUACUUUUUCCAACACACUGUUAGAAAUAUGCCAAAAUUAAAGGUGCUAAUUUUAGAUGAAUGCUCAUGGGUUACUUGCAGUUUCCUCCUCUCUGUGGCCAAGUAUGAGCAUUUGGAAAUCAUUUCCAUUGUAAAAUGUCCACAAGUGCAUGUGAAUAUGGUUCCAUACCUGAAUGUCGCAAAACUGGGUUGUAAAAAGCUGAAGGUUUUUGAUUGCAGGUUUACAGGUAUCGGUGGUGAGCUCCUACGAACAUUUUAUUCAAAACAAAAUCUUCAAAGAUUGUAUUUUCAAAGUUUCGCAUCUGCAAAAGUGGAUUACAACGAAAACGUUUUCGACUAUAUAAAGAAAAUUGAGAAAAGAGAGGGAGAUGACAUGAGUAUAACCGAUAUACAUUUACGAGACUAUCUUUCGACCACUGCUAAGCCUAAAAACGAAGUAGAAGAAAUUUUUGAUAGUGUACUAUAUCGUGACCCCUAUCCUGAAUGUAUUUGUGGAGGGGAAGGAUUCAGAGAGGGGAUAAAUAUAAUGGAUAAAGAUGGCAACAUCCCCGAAAAAGAUCUGAUUCAUUUCUCUUUGGGACAGUUGGAGUAUAGGUUUAUCUGUGGUAAACAUUUACAAGACUUCAUAACAUUACCACCAGAUUUUAAGAACUUUUAUCAGCAGCAGUUAGACACAAACUUGGAUUCCGAUUCCAGUACAGAUAAAGAGGAUGACGAAGAUGACGACGAACCUGAAACUUGCUGCCACUAUGCUAACAGCUACGUGAGUGCCACCAAUAACCUGCUUACACCUAGUACGCAUGAUCGAACGCCCUCGGUGCGUGAGGAAAUGACUCUGCCAAAUGAAGGAGCAAGAAAUCAAUCGUUUCCAGGGUGCAUCCGUGUUUUCAAGCCACAGAUCAACAAAGUUAAGCGUAAGAAGCAGAGUUUUAGAUCGAAUGAUAAUGCUUUUAGACUAUAUGUACAACAUUCUUCGAUGGACAAUAACAACGCAAGCAGUUCCGAUAGUCGAACCCACGAACAGAGCGAUUUUGGUAUCGAUUCCAAUAAUAGAAUUCAUGGACAGAGCGAUAAUAGCAGCGAUUCCAAUAAACGAACCCAUGGUCAGAGCGAUAGUAGCAGCGAUUCUAAUAAACGAACCCACGAUCAGAGCUAUGACAUCGACGAUUACAAGAAGCGAACCCGUGAGCAGAGCGAAUGCAAUAUACGAACCCACGAGCAGUGCGAUAGUACUAGCGAUAUGAAUAUACCGCCCCGUGAACAGAACGACAAUGGAAACCAUUCGAACACACGAACCCAUGAGGUGAGCGAUAAUGAAACCGAUUCCAAUAAACGAACGCAUGAACAAAGCUCUAGUAGUGACGCCUUUAAUAACAGAACCCAUGAACAGAGCGGUAGUGGUAGCGGUUCCAAUAAACGAAGCCUUCAACAGAGCCCUAGUGGUAGUGGUUCCAAUAAACGAAGCCAUGAGCAGAGUGAUAGUGGUAGCGGUUACAAUAAACGAAGCCAUGAGCAGAGCGAUCACGGUAGCGGUUCUAAUAAAUUAUUCCACGAGGAGAGCGAUAAUGAUGACGAUUCCGAGGCAACAACUAGCAAGAAACCGAAGAGGGGCCCAGUUCCGUUUGAUGAUCUUCAAGCCGAGACACAAGCACAGUUGAUCGAUCAUCUGAUAGAGAGCGCUGAUGAUAUUAGUUCGAGGAUAAAUAGAAUAAUGACAAGCGGCAUACGUAGGGGAUUUGAUCGUAUAAUGAUGCGUCAAACUGAACAGGAACAGACUGAAAACGCUAGAAAAAUUGAAAGGGAAAAUCAACCUUCGACCUCUAGAGAUACAAAUGGUGUGUCAUCGUCUAGUCCAAGUACGUCUUCUGCAAAUAGUGACGCAGAGAAUAGACCGUCGUCUUCAAAAGCCAGGACUCCAGAAGGUGAUAAAAAUGGUAAUAAUGUGUUGGAAGGUCUUAUUGUCGUCACCGAAGCAGGAAGACCACAUAUAGAAAUCAAUCCGACUGGACCAAGGGUCCAAAUAAGGUGUAUAAAUUUUCCUCGGGAAGAUAACGAUAGGUGGAAGAUCAAGUGGAAAAUCCCUUUGAGGAGAUUAUCAUUACGUGGAUAUAAAAAAAUUAGUGAUAACACGUUGAACUAUCUCAAAAAUUUAGAUAUAGAAUUAAUAGAUUUAACAUAUACUAGCGUGUCCCAAAAAGGAAUUGAAAAUUUUCUGGUUCAUAAUCCAAACUGUAGAGUGAUACAUCCUUUAUAUUGCGUAUGUAAACCCAACAACACCCUGUAUUGAGGACGUCAGUAAUUAACCAUACAUUUUUCAAUGAAUUGUAUUAUAGUGAAAAGGUUUUCUACAAUUUUGCUUGUUAAACAUUCAUAAAAUAAACUAUUGAAAACGUA